CCCUUGUGGUCCUUUGCAUCAUGAUACAGGUCUCCAUUCGACGACGAACUUCCAUUGGCCGAAUCUAUUUCGGAUUGCCUAAUCUCAUCAAAGAGGUGAAUAGUGUAUAACUACUCAGGUCUCUCUUAUCCUCAGCGCAGAGCUUCCACUUGCAAAGCAUCUCUGAAACCACACUUGGCCAAACACAAAAGUAGAGCUACUCACAUACAUACUUUACGAUACACAUUCAUUCUCAUCAACCUCGGCAACCUAUAUUUUCAUUCAUCCCCUCACUUAAAAUGGCCCCGAACAUUAUUCACUGUGGCUGGGAAUGCUUUAUGUGCGAAGUCACCAACAAAUUCGAAGAAUCGCGAAGCAUGGAGUCCAGAGUCUACAAUCCGGCUAUCCCCGACAAGUGUGAAGGACCAAAGUGUGCAACGAGUCGUUUCGGAGUCCACAACCGUUGUCCUGAAUGCUUUGACACCGAUCAAUACGAUAGCAAGUUUCAGCACUGCGACGAGACUCCGCUUACUCCUGAGAAGCCCAUUUUUCCUUGGCACAAGGAUGAUUAUCGUGGUCCGACGAAUGGAGAAGGCUCACAAGAACAAGAACAAUAGUUCCUGGACGGCAUGGGGGUCCACCUUUGUACCUUUUGUUGCAGUGCCAUCGAAAUAUGUAUAGAUGACGCUAAAAGGGUAGAGAGGAUAACAAUGAGACGAGAGUAGGCAAAUUGAUGCGUGAGGGAGUACUUGGGUGGUUUACUGGGUUUUCAUGGCGUUGUUUUACUCCAAUUUUAGGGUUCUUGAGAUUCAGUGCUUUGAAAAAGUUUGGAUUACAUCAUGGCGUUAAUUUGUUCAGGUUCCAGUCAUGCGUGUUGUUCAGUUCUUUGGGACGACUUGAAUUUAAG